AUGAGCCAGUCGCAGGACUACGAGAGCAGUAGCGAGGAUGAAUCAACUGCCAAUGGUCUCCCGAGACCAUUCUACCUUCGUCCUUACACACGUCAUCACCGUGUAAAGAAGCCUGAUGUCGCUAAACAAUCUACUAAACAUCCCCCUGUAACGAAAUGUUCGAAACCAUCAAAGCCCUUAAUCUAUGAACGUGUGACAAACAAACAGGGAAGAACUCGACGGAAAUCAUUUCCUCGUUCGAAUUCGGACCCUACACAAGAACGCUUAUUUGAAUACGGAGAGCCCAUAAAUGGUUACAAAUUUUUAACUACACCAGACAACAUUCCACUACUGCAACCUCGUCAAUCGGUCAGUUCACCAGCACAAGAACCGUCAUAUUUACUGAAAUAUUGGAAUUCAGUCGAUUUAAAAUUGCUACCGGUAGAUCCCGGUAAUCAAAUCAAUAAAAAUAAUGUAUAUUCUUUCUAUCAAAAAAGUUGUGAUUUAUUAAAACAGGAUAUGAGAAAAAUUAUCAAAAGAGAAAGAAUCCGUUGGCAUCCUGACAGGAUGCACUUACCUGAAGCUACGCAAAUAUUCCAAAUAAUUAACGACCUGUGGGAAUCCUUACAAGAAGUGUAA